AUGACUGGCAAGGAAAUCCUCCACAAGAUGAAGAUCCACUUUCUGUCAGCUUCUCAAUCUCCAACUCUCUGCUCGACGCUCUCCAGCCUGGUCCCUGAAUAUGGAGUCUAUAUCCUUGAAUUGAAGGAAAAGGUGGGUUUAGGUCCACCUGCGUUUGACACAGGAAAAGGAAAGAGUAAGAUGUCAAAGAAGACGACACAUGGCUAUCAUUUGGUUGAAGGAAAAUCAGGUCAUAGCAUGGAAGAUUAUGUUUUUGCACAAUUCAAAGAAGUUGGGGACAAUGAGCUAGGUCUAUUUGCAAUAUUUGAUGGUCAUUUGAGCAAAGAUAUACCAAAUUAUUUGAAGUCUCAUCUGUUUGAUAACAUCUUGAAAGAGCCUGACUUUUGGACUUCAACGGAGACAGCAAUCCGACGAGCGUAUCGGAUCACUGAUUCCAAAAUUUUGGAGAAAGCCAAGGAUCUGGGUAGAGGGGGUUCAACAGCUGUUACUGCAAUUCUGAUAAACUGCGAGAAGCUGGUAAUUGCUAACGUUGGAGAUUCUCGUGCCGUCAUUUCCAAGAAUGGUGUGGCAAAACAAUUAUCAGUUGAUCAUGAGCCUGACAAAGAAAGGGACAACAUUGAGAGCAGAGGUGGCUUUGUAACAAAAUUUCCUGGCGAUGUUCCACGUGUUGAUGGCCAGUUAGCUGUAGCAAGGGCAUUUGGUGAUAAAUGCUUGAAAGAACACCUUAGCUCAGAACCAGAUAUAAUGGUCGAGUUUAUUGAUGAUGAAACUGAGUUUGUUAUCUUGGCCAGUGAUGGCAUUUGGAAGGUAAUGUACAAUCAGGAGGCAGUUGAUUGCAUCAAGAAUAUAAAAGAUCCUAAAUCAGCAGCUAAGCGCCUUAGUGAAGAGGCACUUGCACGGAAUAGCACCGAUGAUAUCUCCUGUAUCGUUUUAAGGUCAUUUGUCUUCAUUUACAAGUUCGUAAUGGCCGUUACUCGAUCAUCCUCGUUUAAAGCACAACUUCUCGCCGAUUCUGGCCAUGGAGGGAUGACCAAGGCGACGUUAGUUGAAAGGGGAAGCAAUCUCUUGGCAAAAAUGACAAAGCUUCAUCAACUAAGAAGACAUUGA